GUAUUGCACGUUUUGUUGGAUUCUUUUGAAUGCAAUGUUUGUUUGCAUUUCAUAAUCGAGUUAUUAAUCGAUUGAAUGAUAUGUUAAACAAAAGACAACAAUUGAUCCCAAAAUGAGUGCAAAGUUUGAGUUAAACGUCUGGUCCGGUGAUUGGGGUUUACCAUCGAUUGACUACAAAUGUCUUCAAAUGCUUGCCUUUUGCCGCUUCAGUGGAGUUCCCGUAAAGACAGUGAUUGUAAAUAAUCCUUUGUUGACAUCGUUGCCAUCGUUUAAACAUAAAAAUACGCGAUUAUGCGAUAUGAAGAAACUGGUGACAUAUCUGAAGGAACAGAACUAUAGCGCAGACUUUAAUCUCUCGUCAAAAGAUGUGUCGGAUGUGUUGGCCUACGAGUCACUACUAAAGAGUCAAUUAGAGCCGGCAUUACUUUACUUGUUUUGGAUGGACGAACAAAAUUACGUACAACUCAUGAGAGGAUGGUAUGCAAAAAGACUGCCUUUUCCCACAAAUUACUUUAUACCUAAUUAUUACAAGAAUUUGGCCGAAAAGACAGUUCGGUCGCGAUUUGGUGGCCAAGCAUUGAACGGUGAUAUUAAUAAUACAAUGAUUGCCGACUCAGUCAUAGGCGAAGCACAGAAGUGCUUAACACUACUUUCAGAGCGACUUAAAGACGAGUAUUUCUUUGGCAAAAAUCCGAGUUCUUUUGAUGCCUUAGUUUUUGGAUAUUUAGCUCCACUUUUCAAAGUUCCGACACAUAAUAAAGUUCUUCAGAAUCACAUCAAGUCUUGCGAUAAUUUAACAAAAUUUGUAAAUAAAAUUUUACAAAAGUAUUUUCCAACCGUUAAGGAAGACAAUCCAAAAGCAACACAAGACUCGGACACAACCAGUGAUAAUACAGAUGAAAAUGAAUUUGCAAACAAAUGGACUGACAUUAUAUUAUCCGGUUUAGUCGCUACGGCCGCUAUGGUUGGAUACGCGCUCUUCACAGGUCUAAUCAAAAUAGAUGUCAACGAUGAAGAUGACCAUGAAUUGGAUGAAAGCUCUAAAGUUCCUGAUCUGAGAGCUAUUUUCAAUGAUAAUUAUGAAGAAGAGGACGAAAAUAAUGAAAAUUAG